AAGGCAAUAGUACGCACCAUUUCUGUGCAACUGUCCAAACUCGAAUGAAAGUGUCUCUUUCACUCGCUUCAAAAACUCCACAGGCCAAAGCAAAGCCUAAUAAAAUAAAAGUUGGAUCUCACUGUAGAAAGGAGAGAAGAUGGAGAACCUAGCGCAGGUGGCGGGGCUGAACGGCGCAAGCGUGGCGAACAUGGUGAUAGCGGCGGCGCACAACGCGAGGGCGCACCGGCGGAACUGCGAGCGCAUGGCGGCGCAGGUGAGAAUGAUAGGGAACUUGCUGGAGACGCUGAAAUCGACGGAGGUGGCGACGUUGCCGGCGACGAAGGAACCGUUGGACGGUCUUGAAGAGGCUCUACGGAAAGCCGUGGAUUUGGUAGAGAGUUGCAAAGACAAGAGUUACCUAUACAUGCUUGCCAUGGGUUGGAGCGUAGUGAAUCAGUUCCGUCAAGUCCAGACUCAGAUCGAUCGCUACCUUCAACUCGUGCCCCUCGUUUCCAUUGUUCAUGAAUUUCGUAUGCAGCAUUUCAGCGAAGAUGUUAAAAGGGAAUACACUCUGGAUAAAGAAGAAAUGGAGACCCAAAAUGUGAUACUAAAGACUAAUCGAUCGAUUAAGGAUGCAGGCAUAUUGGAAAAGUCCUUAUCUCGUAGGUACCCAGAUUUGGGGUUUUACGAGGCUCUCAAAGAGGAGAAAGAAAAACUACAUGUUGAACUGCAUAGAUCAAGAACCAAUAAUGACCCUGAACAAUGCAGGGUAAUUGAACAUCUUAUUGAAGUCACAAAAAAUGUGGUCAAUGUGUCACCUAACGAAAAGGUUACAAAAAUUGUUUUCAAUGAAUCAACUGAUUUGAUUUCAAGGCAUAUGACCAAACAAGCAAUAGCCUCUGGGGACCUUGAGUUGGAAUCUAGAGAUAAAAGUCAAUCAGAAUGGAAGACUGAUCUCUUUGGUUGCUGUAGUGAGCCUUGCUUAUGCCUGAAGACAUGCUUCUUCCCCUGUAGAACAUUUUCUUGGAUAGCUAAUGUGGUUACUAGAGGAGAAACUUCUCGAAAACGUGCAAUGACUAAUUUAGUGGCUUAUUGCAUCUUUUGUGGGUGUUGUUGUUAUUCUUGUUGCAUGAGAAGGAAAUUGCGUAGUCAAUUUAACAUUGAGGGAGGUCUGUGUGAUGACUUCUUAACGCAUCUAAUGUGUUGCUGUUGUGCAAUGGUUCAAGAAUGGCGUGAGCUUGAGCUAAGGGGUUUUGGAGAUUGCCAGGAAAGAAAGAUGUUUCCCCCUCCGAGCCAGCACAUGCAGCUGUGAUUUUCCUCUCUCUUUCUCGUGUGUUUAUAUAGUCACUGAGUGCAAAUUAAAUCACACGUUUAAGCAGUCACUAUUAUUACAAGAAAAUUGCAUCAGUCAGAUUUUGUUCUUAACAUAGGUGUUUAUGAAAAUGACACAUUACUGAUACUAGUAGUAUAUAUGCAGCAUUGUGAUUUGUGGAUACAUGGAAAGCAAGGAAUUAGAAAGUCAAGGAAUAUGUGUUGCAUACUGAUAUAUAGUAUAAAUUAUAAAAUACCAUUACGGUCUAUUUAAUAUAAGAUCAGGGUGGUUU